GGGCGUGUCCCUUGCCCGUGACGCACACGCCCCGCCCCUCGGGGGGCGUGUCCCGAGCGCCGCCCGUGACGUCACGGGCGCGGGGUGCGCAGCAGGGCAGACUCUGCAUCCCACAUGAACUACGAUAAUCCUCCUCCUUACCCCGGCCCGGGCCCCACCGCCCCGUACCCACCCUAUGCGCAGCAGCCGGGUGGUCCCCCCGGCCCCUACCCCGGGUACCCCCCCGGGCCAACCGGGCCCUACCAGCCAGGCCAGCCGGGUUACCAAGGAUAUCCCCAGUAUGGAUGGCAAAAUGCACCUCCACCCCCGGGACCGGUGUACGCCGAUGGGCCUAAAAACACAGUGUACGUCGUGGAGGAGCGGCGGAGGGACGACACGGGCGAGAGCGCCUGCCUGACGGCCUGCUGGACCGCGCUGUGCUGCUGCUGCCUCUGGGACAUGCUGACCUGAGCCCGCCACGCCGCCUCCCCACUCCUGCCCCGACCUCUCUUCUGUUACUGUAAUCAGCUGCUCUGCUUUGCACAGCCAAGAGGUUCCCGUCUGUCCGUCCUAGCGCCUUGUCUCGGGGGUGGGGGUGGGGGGUGUGCACUCCUUUAUUUUAGUAAAGGAAAAGGAGAAAAAAAAAAAAUCCCUUUUUAACGUUUCUAAGACUUUUGUUGUAACUUUGAAGAAUGUGCUGAUGGUGUAUUUCAGCCAAAGGCAUUCUGAUGAAAUGUAUAUUUACCAGUUGAGAUUUUCCUAGCCCUAGAGACGAAGACGUACGCAAUAAUUAAAGCCAACAGUUGAUUUUCUUCGCUA